AUACAAUUAAUUUUUCUUUUUUUUCUUUUUCUUUUUUUUUCUUUUUUUGUUGAAGUUUAGGUUUAUCAAAGUUGUAUAGUAAAAUCCGUGCCAAGGGGACAAAUUGAAAAUUUCCAAGCUAUUAAUUCUGGGCAAGCAGAGUGAAAGCACUAGAGGAAGAAGAAGAACUCUUCAGUAAUGAGAAAUUUGCAGAGGGGAGCCUGAAGAACUCUAAAAUGCCACCUCAGCCCCAACCCCCGAAACCCAAGUUUUACUUCUUCUACGGCCACAGAAAGCCUUCCCAGAACCGCCCCACUGUCCAUGGCGGUCUCUUCUCCAACCGCACAACCCUAAACCCUAAACCUCCAACCCUCCAAAACCCUACUACGCAUUUCAAUCUCCAAAAUUGGGACCCAGACUCUCCCAAAGCGCUAGCGAUCCCACCCUCCAAAACCCCAUGUGAGCGGUUCUUCGCCAUUGCAAAAAACUUGUCUCCUAUCGCCCGGUACAUCUGUGAUUCGUUCCGGAAACACCGGAACUGGGGCCCUCCAGUGGUAGCGGACCUCAACAAGCUCCGCCGUGUGACGCCGGUGCUGGUGGCGGAGGUGCUCAAGGUCCAAACUGACCCUGUAAUUUGCUCCAAGUUCUUCCAUUGGGCGGGUAAGCAAAAGGGUUAUAAGCAUAACUUCGCUUCGUAUAAUGCAUUUGCUUAUUGCUUGAAUCGAUCGAAUCAGUUUAGGGCUGCUGAUCAAGUUCCUGAGUUGAUGAACAUGCAGGGGAAGCCACCUAGUGAGAAGCAAUUUGAAAUUUUGAUUAGGAUGCAUAUUGAUGCUAAUAGGGGUCUCAGGGUUUACUAUGUGUAUGAAAAAAUGAAGAAGUUCGGGAUUAAACCUCGGGUUUUUUUGUAUAAUAGGAUCAUGGAUGGGCUUGUGAAGACGGGUCAUUUAGAUUUAGCAAUGUCAGUUUAUGAGGAUUUUAAGGAAGAUGGAUUGGUGGAAGAGAGUGUUACUUAUAUGAUUCUAGUUAAAGGGUUAUGUAAGGCAGGCCGGAUUGAUGAAGUGUUGAAGCUUUUGGAUCGGAUGAGGGGGAAUUUGUGUAAGCCCGAUGUUUUUGCUUACACAGCAAUGGUGAAGGUUCUGGUUGCAGAGGGGAACCUGGAUGACUGUUUGAGGGUUUGGGAGGAAAUGAGGAAGGAUAAGGUUGAGCCAGAUGUUAUGGCGUAUGCAACUUUGGUUGCAGCACUAUGCAAAGGGAACCGGGUUGGGGAAGGUUUUGAGUUAUUCAAGGAGAUGAAACAGAAGAAGUAUUUGAUAGAUAGGGCUAUAUAUGGGUCAUUGAUUGAGGGUUUUGUUGUGAAUGAGAGGGUCGGUUCAGCCUGUGACUUGUUGAAGGAUUUGAUGGAUUCGGGAUACAGGGCUGACUUGGCGAUAUAUAAUUCUCUAAUAGAAGGGAUGUGUAAUGUGAAACAGGUUGAUAAGGCUUAUAAGCUUUUCCAAGUCACAGUUCGUGAGAGUCUUGAGCCGAACUUCAUAACUGUGAAACCCAUGUUGGUGUCUUAUGCAGAGAUGAAAAGAAUGGAUGACUUCUGCUCAUUGCUUGGGCAGAUGCAGAAAUUGGGUUUUCCCAUCAUUGACGAUCUCUCAAAAUUCUUCUCAGUUAUGAUUGAAAAAGGGGAAAGACUAAAAUUGGCUUUAGAAGUGUUUGAACACUUGAAGGCAAAAGGUUAUUGUAGUAUUUCCAUUUACAAUAUUCUUAUGGAAGCUAUCCACAGGACUGGAGAGGUGAAAAAGGCAUUAUCUCUCUUUGAUGAUAUAAAAGAUUCAAAUUUCAAGCCCGACUCAUCCACCUACAGUAAUGCAAUUAUAUGUUUUGUUGAAGUUGGGGAUGUCCAGGAGGCGUGUGCUUGUUAUAAUAAAAUAAUAGAGAUGUCUCAGCUUCCUUCUGUUGCAGCCUAUCGUUCUCUUGUCAAAGGUCUCUGCAAAAGUGAAGAGAUUGAUGCAGCUAUUAUGCUUGUUCGUGAUUGCUUAGCCAAUGUUACAAGUGGCCCCAUGGAAUUUAAGUACACUCUUACAAUUCUCCAUGCAUGUAAAUCAGGUAACGCUGAGAAAGUGAUCGAUGUACUAAAUGAGAUGAUGCAGGAAGGUUGUACUCCUGAUGAAGUUACAUAUUCUGCUCUUAUAUCUGGCAUGUGUAAGCAUGGGACACUAGAAGAGGCUAGGAAGGUUUUUUCAAAUAUGAGAGAGCGCAAACUUUUAACAGAAGCUAAUGUGAUUGUGUAUGAUGAAAUCCUUAUUGAACACAUGAAGAAGAAGACAGCAGACUUGGUGCUGUCUGGAUUGAAGUUUUUUGGUCUGGAAUCCAAGUUGAGAUCAAAGGGUUCUACUUUGCUGCCCAUUGAAAAUUCGAAUCCAGGUAUUGAUUUCAUUGAUUAGAUUUCUUCUCACCAUGUUUAUAAUAUAGAAGUAAUUCAGACUAUCACUCUAAAGUGAUUGGUCCCCCAUCAUUCUGAUAUUUCUGAGGGACAAGAACCAUGAAGAUGGAGUUGGGAGUACAUGUCAAAGUUGCUCUGGCCGAACUGAUCUAGUUGAAUAUAACUCUAAUGAAUGGACACCAAACUCACCUUGGAGGAGCAACAUCACCUGUUCCAGGUUUGUGUUGCAGGACACACAUCACACAGCCCUCAUGGUUCAUAAGGCUCAAGUAGAGCAAUGGCUAUGGACUGCUGAUCCAGCAUUGAUUUAUUGGCAUCUCAUGGCACCUCUCUGCAACUGGUUAUUCCCAUGAGGCUGACGCUCAGGCCCUGAGCUGCCUCACAAAUACCUUUGCUCUUAUCAUUCGACACUCUUGAACAAACUGCUCUGUACUCAUUCAUUUUCUCUCCCAUUUUUUCUUUUAAAAUUUUUCCCCUGCUGGGGCUUGAAACUGGAACCUCCCUCAUCCCUAUCCCAACCUCUUUGCACAUUUUCUUGCAUCUUGGUACUGUUUUUCAAGCAUAUGCCACAUAGAGCAACUACUUAAAAUAAAAUCAUUUCAACCCUAGACCAUGUUGCUAAAUUGAAAUUUGUUCACCAUCUGUAACUUGUCUGUUGCUGGUGAUGCAGGCUCAUCUUGAAUGAUAUCUUCUUCCAGUGCUUGAUGAAAGCUACAGCAGCUGAAACAAGACUUAUGGAGAAUGCACGAUGAUUAUUGUAGUGGUCUCGGCCUUUCUAGCCUUGGGGUUUAAGCAAAACAAAGGACAAUUUUGAACCAUUUUUGGGGCUGUCCCCUGUACAGUAGUGCAAUUGGCUGUCCAGUAGUCAUAGAAGACCAAAUUGAUAACCCUUCUUCAGUGAGGUGAUAAUUAAUGUAUUUCGCGUCUAAACCCAGCUUCCACGAUCUUAUAGACAUCAAGCUCAGUUGGAGUGGGUGCCGAAGGACAGUUCAGAACAAUCUUCACCUGCAUCAGAGCUCAAUGUGUAAGGUGCAGAUCAAUCUGAAGUGCAUAUCUUGCUCGUGAGGAAUAAUAAUGCUGUAUUAUUCAUUACUAAUUUCACAAAUGUUCAACAAACCCAAUAUGAUAUGAUUUAUCAUACAAGUAUGUCUGAAAUAUUAGUUCCAAUAAAUAUACAUUGUUCUUGA